AUAAAAAAAGAAAAAAGAAACUAAAGAGAAUCAGUGAAGAGAUGUCAAAUCAGUUUCGUGGGAUCUGAGAGAGAGAGAGAGAGAGAAGAAGAGAGAAACAAACCUCUCUCUCUUUAGGGUUUUCAAUCACAAAUCCGAAUGGCAGCACAUCGUCACCAAUUGUUCACAUACGCCCUCCAACCUUCUCUCGCCGCCGCCUCCACCGUUUCCCCCGCUCCUCCUCCGCCGCAACCGCUACCGCAACCGCAGCAAAGUCUCUCCCUUUCUUCUCUCUACGCCUCCUCCGCCGCCGACCGCUACUACCCCGACGCCACGUUCCGCUUCUUAUCCCGCGACGGAUCCGAAGCUUUGACCAACUACCAAGCAACGGUUGCUUCUUCUUCCUCUUCUUCGGCCAUGUACCACCACCACCAUCUCCCCAACGCGGCGGCGGCGUCGCAUUUGGCUUACCCUCCUCAGCUGAUUCAUCAGGAAGCUUGGCCGCCUGGCGUCGAGCCUCCCGCCGCCGCCGCCGCCGCCGUUGAGCCUCUUCCUCCUGGAGUCAAACGCACCUCUGAAGCGCUCUACUAUCCGACUCUCUACGGUGCCCAUAAUCCAAUGGGUCAGACGGAAGCUUGGUAUACUACGGACUACUUAACCAAGCGCCUUAAGUUGGAGAGUACGAGCCAUUUGCCUGUCUAUCCACAGCGGGCAGGGGAGAAGGAUUGUACCCACUAUAUGCAAACAAGAACUUGUAAAUUUGGAGAGGGCUGCAAAUUUGAUCAUCCUGUUUGGGUUCCUGAAGGUGGAAUCCCAGAUUGGAAAGAGGCACCAGUUGUUCCAAACGAUGAGUACCCUGAGAGACCAGGUGAACCAGAUUGUCCGUAUUAUAUAAAAACACAACGUUGCAAAUAUGGUCUAAGGUGCAAGUUUAAUCAUCCCAAAACAGCGGCUGCAGUUACUGUUGAAACUCCAGAUGCCUUACCUGAGAGGCCUUCUGAGCCCCCGUGCACUUUCUACAUGAAGACUGGAAAAUGUAAAUUUGGUUUAACAUGCAAGUUCCACCACCCAAAAGAUAUCCAGCUACCAUCAUCUAGUCAAGAUAAUGGUAGUACUGAGGCUGUAACCAGUGAACCUGAUGUCACCAACAAUCCGCAUGUGACAUUUGCUCCAGCAGCAUAUUACAACUCGAAGGGACUACCAGCUAGGCCGAUUUUACAGGCUGAAGUAGACUGCCCGUUCUAUCUCAAGACCGGAAGCUGCAAGUAUGGUGCCACCUGUCGCUACAAUCAUCCUGAGAGGACUGCAUUCACUCCCCAAGCUGCUGGGAUAAAUUAUCCUCUAGUGUCCCCGACCAGUGCGAGUGUAAACCUUGGGUUGAUUAACUCAGCUGCCUCCCUCUAUCAGACUCUUGCUCAACCCACGGUAGAUGUCUACAAUCAUGCUAACUUGUUGCAGCUAGGAGCGCUUACAGCAACGUAUCCCCAAAGACCUGGACAACCAGAAUGUGACUACUACAUGAAGACAGGGGAGUGCAAGUUUGGAGAGAGGUGCAGGUUCCAUCACCCAGCAGAUAGGUUGAACGCAACGAGUAAACAAGCUCCUCAGCAGCCGAAUGUGAAGCUGAGUCUUGCAGGGUAUCCCAGAAGAGAGGGUGCGCAAAAUUGCCCGUAUUACAUGAAGACGGGGACUUGCAAGUACGGGGCAACAUGCAAGUUUGACCAUCCUCCUCCAGGCGAAGUUAUGGCUAAAACCGCUUCAGAAGCUGAAGCUGAUGCUGCUGGUGGAGCGACUGACACGACUCAGUGAGUAGCUAUCUUUAUGUAAGAUAAGAUGAUAAGCGUGUUGUAAUCUUGUUUUACUUGCUAUGUUCUGCAUCUGUUUCUCCUUUCUCAAAUCCCUUUUUAUCACAUCCUAAAACCAAAAGAAGAGAUUGAGUGAGUCCUA